AUGGCCUCCCCAGAGACCAAGGUAUAUCGCCUUCGAGGUAUCCCGGCGCAUUUGGAUCGUCUCGGCGUUACUCAAUUGAUUCAAGCAUUUUUACCCAACGGCAAGCUCGAAGAUAUUACCGUAGCAUCGCUUGCCAUGAGCUGCGAAUUUUGGAUUAGGAAUCCCACAAAGAUAGCGACACUCACUCUACGAAAACUUCCCGAAGUCGUGCGUAUUGCUCCUGCGGCUGGGGAGUGGCAGCUUCCCGUGCUUGCUCUGCCCAAACCACUCAUUCUGGAUGAUAAAUUCUAUGGUCUUACUCCUUUGAAUGAAGUGAAAGAGUCUCACCAUCAGUUUGAUUGUGUUGUGAUUUCAGGUCUCGCAAGCCACCCGAUGGGAUCCUGGCAGCCUCGAGGCAAUGAUAAAUCGUUCAUGUGGAUAAGAGAUAAAUUGCCAGAACUCGUCCCCAACGUUAGAUUCAUACUCUAUGGUUACGAUACUACACUAGUGGGGAGUAAUUCUUUCCAAACAGUGGCAGAUCUUGCCAAUAAUCUGAUCAACGAACUGAAGGCAGGAGGGUGGUCAUCGCCUAGUUCAAAGGAGUUGGCAUUUUUGGCACACAGCCUUGGUGGCGUGGUGUUAAAACAACUUUUCUGUAUGCUCGCAGACAGUGAUGUCUCUUCUGAGUGCAUACUCCAAAAGACAAAGGGCGCAAUAUUUUUCGGAACACCAAGUGAAGGCAUGGACAUCGAAGAUAUUCAUACCAUGCUUAAAGAUCAGCCAAAUAAAGACGCACUUGUAGCCGAGAUAUCUAACAGAUCAAGCUUUCUGUCUAGUCUGGAGGAGCGCAUCUCUGGCAUUGUUCAACUUCGAGCAAUGAAGCUUAAUUGGGCGUAUGAAACCCAGAAAACCCCUACUGUGAAGUUGGUUGAUGGUGCAUACGGUAGAUCGGGGUCAGGGACCAUAUUGGUAUCACGAGAGUCCGCCACGGGCAAUCGUUGCACUUCUGAUGCUGCGUCAACAAUACAAAUUAAUGAGAAUCACUCCAACAUGGUUAAAUUCUCACCCGGAAAUCACAUUAUUGGCCCCAUUGCGAAUACGCUAAGGAAUAUUCUUCAGAAUGACCAAGGUGCUCUUAGCCAAUACCCGGAGCGUUUGGCUACACUCAAUCUUCCAAAGAUACCAUCCAAUAUCAUCACCUUAGCGAAUCACAGCUCAAGAGAUAUUUGGGACCUCGAGUCAACCAUCCAAUCCCUGCGGGUACAUGAGAGAGAUGAAAGGUUGCAGCAGAUCGAUGAAAGCGCCGGUUGCUCUUUUGAAUGGGCAUUCGACGACUCUUCAAUUGGAUUAAAAAAAUGGCUACAAAAAGGUGACGGUCUCUACUGGGUUUCUGGACGACCUGCCUCUGGAAAGUCAACUUUCAUGAAGUUUCUCUACCACGAUAAGCGCACGUCACAGCUACUGCAUGGAUGGUAUAGUAAAGCCGCACAUGUCGAAGCAAAUUUCUUCUUUCAUUACCGUGGCAAUCUCAUUCAAAAGUCAUUCGAAGGCCUGCUCCGCAGCAUUCUCAGCCAAGUGUUAGAGCAAGCCCCCAGUACCUUUUCAUUGGUUCAAGCGAUAAUACAACACGCCUCCCAGAACGUCCCAAAAAGACGAGAACCAGUCACCCAGAAAAAGACUGAACGAGUUGAAAGCGUCAUAGAUGAACACCACGACCGCGAAAAUAUUCAACAUUUUGCAAACGAGAUUUGGACACUCCCAAACCUGCAAAAAGUCCUACAUCAAGUCAUAGAUCAACAAUCAAUGGAUUUAGAUCUGUGUAUUUUCAUCGACGCUCUUGAUGAACACGACGGGCCACCAGAGUUUAUUGCAGAGUUCUUAAAGGAUAUAAUACAACCACGAAACAGCCGCACGCGUGUCAAAAUUCUCUUCUCCAGCCGACCGUGGGACGUUUUCAAGGAUGUUUUCCCUGAUUGCCCUGGCUUUCAGAUUCAUCAGCAUACUGAUAAUGAUAUCCGUGAACUUUGCACCCAUGUCAUAAACAGUGAAUGCCCUGCUUCACAAGAACUUUUUCAACUAGUGGAAGAGAUUGUGAAGCGAGCCAAGGGUGUUUUCUUGUGGGUUAAGUUGGUGUUGCAAGAAUUAUCCAAGAUUGCAGCGUCUGCUCCGCUGGGAAGAAAUACUGAAGCUUUAUCCGGCGAACUACGGGUCGCUUUGCAAAAUCUUCCCGACGAUUUAGUUGAGUACUUCAGCACCAUAGUGGAACGGAUACCCCAAUCUUUCCGCCGUGAGGCAUUUUGUUUACUUGAAGUUGUUGCUAAAGGGGAUGGGGUUUAUCUUGCAGACGUACCAAAAAUUCUUGGCUGCUUAAAUUUCUCUCAUUAUUCCGAGCUGGAACAAAUACUUGAGAACCUGGACGAACGCACCCCUGAGCAGUGGGCUACUUUGUUAAGAACUUAUACCGGCGGGCUUAUUGAAAUCCAAAAGCCACCCAAAUGUAAACUCCAGUUACUGCACCAGACAACUGUUGAUUUUGUUCAACUACCAGAGUUCAAAAAUAUUGUUCUCCGAUCAGGGGCGCAUGCUACCAGCGAUAACGGGCAUACAUUUCUCGUAAAGCUCAUCCUUCUCAAGCCUUUGGAAGAUGAGUAUGGCGAUUAUGGAGCAAAACUCGAUCUUUUGUUUCAUGCCAAUUAUUCCGAAAAAACUACUGGGAGGAGCUUAUAUUCGUUUUUUUCGGACGUCUCCACAUUCGAAGCUCGUGGGAUAUAUUCAUCCUGUAUCUCUGGAGGACUUUUACCCUCUCAUUUGAAAUUCACAUCUCCAUUCCAACUGGCUUUCAACGCUCAUCUUCGCCUUUUCAUUGAGGACGCUCUGCAAUCUGAGUCAUCGUUCAUAUCCAAAUCCACGAAUUGUUGGGCACAAUUUGUUUUUGAUGCACUCUACGAUGGCCUAGCUACCUAUGAAGAAGCUCUGCAGAUGAUCGAACUCUUAGCUACUCAUGGCUCGUCUCGUUAG